AUGUCGGCCAAUACAAGCCACCUAAUGAAAACGACGAGGCGGGGGAGGCCGUUUGUCAAGGACACGCACGACCUGUUCGCGACGUUGAUCGUCUCGCUUCGACUAGAGAAUCAUCGAUCUUUGUUCAAAGUUUACCCCAAUUCGUUCUCUACCGACGAAGCAUGUACCAACUUGGCAUCCCUCAAAUUUUCUCAAUCGAACCGAUCACCUGACCCGAAAGACCCGACGCGGAUCGUAACGACAACAACAACGACGACCUUUUCGAUGACUCGGGAUAUGGCCAAGGGGAUCUGUCAACAUUUCAUGGACGCACGCCUCAUAGAGAAUGCUGCAGACCUCGACAACCUGGCGUUCAAGGACCGCGGUAUCUACAUGCUCACCCCUAAGGGAUUACACGUGCUCGAAAGGUUCAUCACCAAGAACGGUAUCAGCGCGGAACACCUACUUAAGGUCUUUGCUACGCAAUCAAUAUGCUUGAAACUACUGCAUCUGGAAAGGAGAGCUGGGGAUGACGAGAUAUUGAUAGGCAAGGCCGUCAUCGAGAUCAUCUUCAAGCGCUUCUUAGGAAGACAGCCUAACCUGGCGCGACAAGAGGAUGAACGAAACCUGGGACUCGUCGUGAAAAAAGUCCCUGCUGUUGAGCGAGAGAAAUCGCCACCCACUCCGCCCGGCGGGCCAUCAUCACCCGAGAAAGAAAAGGACAAGAUCACCUUUACCCACGAUAUUGUCUUUCUCGCCUCGGCGGGUAUGGACUGGUUGUGUGAUUUCACGACCAUCGUCGGGCGGGAUGAAGCGGCAGAGAUGUGUGCGCACUUCGUGAGAUAUGGGUUAAUCAAGUUGGUACCAGAUACGAAGACGCGGCCGCUGGAUCCGGCCAAAAUCGUGGUCGUCAGGACAGCAUCGGCGCCGACAGGCCUGCAGACGGGCGAGGCGGAAUUCAGAUUCAUGGAAAAGACCUACUACAAGGUCACGCCUGAAGGCCGACGAUGGGCCAAGUGGACAGAUGCUAUGAACCGUCCUUCGUUACAAUCCUCGUCAUCGUCACAACCGGGUAAAUCAGUAUCCCCCGAGCCCUAUCGCUCGUCCGAAGACGUUCAGGAGACCGCUCGGAAUCCCACCCGCAGUCUCUCUUCAACCACAGACGACCGCAUGAUACGGCGGACGAGUCUUGUGGAUCGGCUCCGGCUGGAAUACCUCGAUAUCGGUGCAAGCGGUUCCAACAGGGUGGUAGUCGAUGAUAAGCACCAAUUCAAAGACUCGCACACGAGCAAGCUGAAGCAAAUUCUGGAGGAACCGUCUUUGAGGUCGCUGUUCCGGGAGUUUCUGCGCGCAAACUUCUGCGAAGAGAACCUCAGCUUUUGGCUGGACGUGCAAGAUUUCAAACGGCGGUUCAAUACCACCAGUUCAGCCGUCGCAAGUCCUCUGCCUGUGAAGGGUCCCGCUCAGAAACCGCAAGGUCACUCUGCGAUGGAACGACAUCAGCAGGACUUAAUUGCUAUGGCUUUCGUGAUCUACAACACCUAUCUGGCUCCAGCAUCGUCGUGCGAGCUAAACAUCGAUCACAACUUGCGGGAAGAGCUUGUCUCGUACAUGUCUAAAAUCGUAGCCGAGGUGUCCACGCGGGAAGGCAAGGAUGCUGUCAGUCAUGGAACGCUGGAUCCCGCCAUGGCUGCAAAAAGCUUGCAAGCUAGUCAGCUACAAACCAUGGUCAGGCUGUACGAGAGGAUCCAGAGCUACAUCUUCCGACUGAUGGCAACAGAUUCCGUGCCCAAGUUCUGCAAGACCGAGAAAUAUGUCGAAAUCAUGCAAGCCGUAUUCGAUCACGAGAUCGUGGUCGUCGACGCCGACAGCGAAGGCAAACGAGAUCAGAUCGAUGAUCUAGGGAUGAAGUCUCCGGCCAGGGCUUAUGUCACCAUCUCACAGGCCGCCAACGAAAAGCAGGCAGCACUACUCAAAUCACAACAGCAGAACGACAGCGCUCACUGA